AUGAUGCUACCGCCUAGUGCACCGUCUUGGGAUCCAGGCCCACCUGACCCGGCUCUGUACUCCACAACCUCCUCGCACGACGACACACCCGAGUACGCUGACACUCCCACUUCACCGAGUUGUUUGCACAGUGUACGCAAGACACCACGUGGACUCUCUGCUGAAGAUGGCACGGCCUCUCCAACCCCCGCUUCUAUGGAGAUGUCAAAGAGGGAAACUCACCAUUCCCAGUGUAGCACUGCUCAACCUCUGAAGCCACUCACGGCAGGGCUAUCUCUAGCGUCCGUGGCUGAGGUGCCACGCUGCACGUUGGCGGGAGUAACGACGCAACGCAGCAGCGAUCUACCACAUUCCUCCAUGGACGGCGGUGGCGUGUCCUCGGCAUUGAUUCGAGCAACACCUACAGAGUCCCUAGCGCAAGUGGAUGGUCCGCUGCGAUUGCCGUUGUUUACCAACCCGUCCUCUGUACGCCUGCGCCUGGACGUGAUGCUGCAAGUAUCCAGCGGCAACGCAAUCUCUGACCAGGCUAGAACCAGCGUAUCCUCAACAUCAAGCAAUCGCAGAGAGGUCUCCAGGACGCGGCAACAGUCCCCGCUAACCUUCGUUUCUCAGCUGCCCUCCGACUCCUGCAUACGAGCAUCGUCGUUGGCGGGAUUUUGUGUCCAACAUGUCAAGGCGCACGGGCGCAACGAAGGACCGUUUCCUGCCCCGCCGUCGGUGCACCCCGCCUUGUCGACGACUAAUUCCGCGGGCGUAGUGUCCGUCUUAUCUGAUACGCACUUUGACAGGAGUGUCGAUGAUGCAUGCGGUACCGUCGAGUCGAACUUUAUUGGAGCCGCCGCUGCGUCGUGCACGGUAGUGCAUGCGACUCCGAGCGCAUUUGGCACUCCACCUCGCCCCAGCACUGCGCUCAGCAGCAGUCUCGCCGGCGUCGGCGGAGCGCCAUCAUUAAACUCUUCCAAUCCCUCGACUAGUGUGUCUGCUCUGAAGGAUCGCCAUAGCAGCGGCACCGGCAUGGACUGGGUGCCGAGUAAAUCGAGCUCGCUACAACCAUUCCGCGCGAGCUUGCUCGACAGCGACGAUGUCGGCGCAGAGGACUUUGGCAGCGAAGUGUCGGGCACAGAGGUCACCUCUGUCAGAGUGGAGGUCUCUCACAGAAGGUGCGAUAGCGCAGUGGCGGGAGGCCGGUGUAGUCGCCUGGCUAGUGGGAGAAGCGUCAGCACCCCUGUCAGUGGUGCGCUCGGUGGUUUCGCACCGGAUGUAAGCGGCACCUCAGCAGGGGGAACGACAGCCAGUGCCGCAGCUGUCCGACCCGCAGGAACGGGGAGCGGUGGCGGAGCCGAGGUGCAAGCGACUGGGUGCCCCUUUGGUUGGCGCAUGUUCUCCUCCCUCACCUCCCAGCGCGGUAGCGGCGACGGCGGAGCGCCUGCAUCGUCCCUAGGCAUAUUUCAAAGCGGCCUUUUUCUUUCCAUGGACGAGAGCGACGCGCUGCCGGCGUCUGUCAUGGACGUGCCCAUGACGCCACAGAGCUUUUCAACAAUGCUGCUGGCGCGGGAGAACGGCGAGGGGGUGCCGUACACCUUUCGCACCAGCAGCGCCGCUUCCGUGUCGACAACAAACGGUGCGCGCGUCUCUCCUUUUCCUCCUCCUGUGCCCGAGUGUAGCGACACGCUACUUGGGCUGUCCUCACAGCAGGCGACGAUUCUGUCAGGAGCCGCGGAGGAAGUCUGGUGCAGAGACAGGGUGACCGUAAAAAGAACGGAGGAGUGGUGCGUCGACGGCGGGGAUCGCGACAGCCACGGGGCAUGCACCAGGAGUACGACUGUCACCUCCGGGUUCGGACAGCGCCCCAGCCUGGUCACCGACAGCGGAAGCGCUGGGCUCGUCUUGGGCGGACACUACAUGACGCCGCUCAGCAGCUUUCAUCUCGCCACUGGCAGCAGUCAGCCGGAGAUGCCCAUGAGCGGUGUCAACGUGGACGAGAUCCCUUCCACCCCAACAGACCUCACCGCUUUACCCCACCCACCGCCGCUGUUCUCUGCGCGCCACCGGCGCCAGCGGCAAGGCGGUCUUCACCGCAACUGUGGCGGCGGUGUGGGCAGCAGCAGCUCCCGCGUAGAUUGGGAGACGGGCGUAAUCGAAACGGACAGGCUGGAUCGCGCGCGAGCGGUAUCAAAGGAUAGCGCAAGGUCGUACGAGAUUGUGAACGAGAAGUACGUUAUGUAUGAUUACGAGCUGGGCAAAGGGUCCUACUCGACAGUGAAGUUGUCCUAUAACUUGGUGGAUGGCCAUUUCUACGCCGUGAAGGUACUGGAUUGUGCUCGACUAAAGCGUCGCCAGCUUGGCUCCGAGGCAAGUCUGUGCAAGAUUGAUCAAGAAAUCACAAUGAUGAAGCAGGUGCAGCACAGAAACAUUAUCGCGCUACACGAGGUUAUUCGCGACCCCAGCAUGCGCUACGUCUACCUUGUGCUAGAACUGGCGGAGUCCAGGGAGGUGCUAUCGAUGCGAGACAACGGUGAUGUGCUGCCACGCGGCGAGAACGCUGCCUCCAAGGCCUACCCGGAGGACACCACGCGUGAGAUUGUGAAAGGGCUACUGCAGGCACUCAUGUACGCGCACUACCUUGGCGUUGCGCACCGCGACAUCAAACCGUCUAACGUGCUGCGCACUGCGGACGGCACAGUGAAGCUGUGCGACUUUGGUGUCUCGGUUCUUGCUGGGGAAGUUGCAAUGCAGCUGAACCGCGAAGGCAGCGUGGCGUUCUUGGCCCCGGAGUUGCUGCUGUCGAGGGAGGCGGAUGUUUCGCGCUCUGUGACGCCGCCCGACUCAUCUCCGAGCACCACACAAAACAGGAGCGCGCUGCACAUACUCGGUGACGACACGCUAGCCAGGACCGCGUGCAUAACUGUCACCUCGACUACAACAACCACGAGUGCAAUGCAGCUUGCCAGCUCCGUCAGGCAGGCUUCACCCAUGGAGGAGGCCGCCACGUCGGCCCCGUGUCUCACCGCUGUGUUCGCAGACGCCCCCCUACAACCCAGCCCACGUGCGACAUCGUCACGUUCGCCGCAGCGAGAGAUGGCGAGCCUCAGUGGCGACACUUCGAGUAGCAUUCCUCCACAGGCGUCAUCUGUAUCUCUGCCGCAGCGCGACGCCCGCGGUGACGGUGGCGCCCCCCAUCGAGCUUUCUUCCGCACCUCCUCACUGUCCCCCCGCGGCACUGCAGCACCUGCCCAUGGCACCGCAGACGUGAUGGCGUCUGCUACUCCUUGCAGUGGUAAUGUCUCCGCUGCGUCACCGCUGACGGGUACAUCUUGGACGUCCACCCCGGCCGUGCAGCAGCUGGGCUAUCCGUUGAUAGCCGUUGACCACACACCGGUCGACCUGUUCAAGGCGGACGUCUUCGCGCUGGGGGUGACCGUGUAUACCAUGCUCCUAGGCCAGCUACCGUGGCGGGCGUCGAGUGCGGAGUCGCAGCGCACAGCCAUACUCGCCGAGCCCGAUCCUUUUCUGCGCCUCUACAAGGCGGCGUACGGCGACGCCUACACGUGGCCGGCAAAAAUUCGAGAGGCGUGCAUGCCGUGUUGUGACAUGAUCGCCGGCGACGCUUUCCCCGUCACCUCCCCUGCUACCAUGUUGGCAAGCAACAAAGAUGGCCGCAGCGCCAGUCACGGCAAUGCGAACUCAGAGCGAAGUGAGGAGCCGCGGGUGUGUGCAGCGGAAAAGGGCAAUGGAGCGGCGCCGUCACGAACGACUGCCCUCCCCUGUAAGUGGACCCAGUGGAGCAGCACGGGAGCGAGCCAGGACGAAUGCACCUCGGGGCCGGAGAGGUGUGCGCUGACAGCGAUGAAGUUGGUUGCCGCUCCUCACUUUUACUGCGAUGUCACCACUCGGAGAGACCCCAACUCGGUCAACCACGUCGCUGAGUGCAGCAGCAAAACUACUGGUUUGUCGUGUCCCACGAGUCACCUGCUGGCGACGAAAGCAACGGCGGGCUCAUCUCGCGCCCUAAGCGACCUCGCACAGGCGCGAAGUGAUGACGAUGACUCGAGGGUGGAGUUUGCAGCAUCCCUGCCACCGAUGCCACCGAUGCCGCAGCAGCCCCCUCAGUGGAAGUCCCUUGUGGACGUCUCCCUUGGCUCGGUCCCCAUCAAGAAAGCCACCGCAGCGGACACGUCCACCACGGAGCAAGCUCAGAUGACGGUGACGCAUCCCCGGGGCAGCGAUAGCGAGCGCGUCGAGGGAGACUUGCGGGAUAUGAACGCCACGAGAGCGUGCGUGACGUCGAGCACCUCCGCCUCUACGCUACUGCCCUCGCAAUCCGCGACCCAGGCACGGCUUGGGGCCGUGAUGAAGGCUUCGAACGCGCACUCGACCUGUGCGGGCGAGUAUGCGGCCUGGCAGUCGUGGGGCGCAGCGUUGAAGGGUACAGAAGACCCCCCACCGCUGCGACCGCCCAGACCCACGACGACGCCGGAUCAGCUGAAUAUGCGCCAUCACGUUCUCAAGGCCGACAACGGCGACUGGACAGAGACUGACGUACCUGAUGCGGUAACUAGCGUGAGGGAGAGCACGAUGGAAGCGAGGCAGUGGAUGCGGCGCUCCCCCAGCGACCUCCUGAGUACUGUUCUGUCAACGGUAGUCAGCACAACCGUAUCUUGCAGCGCUGCUACAUCGGCCACAUCUUCCCUGUCGAGCGACGACGAGGAGGACCUAGAAUCGUGCGAGAGCAUCUACGAGCGACUCUUUGAGCAGGAGCAGCCGUGCCGCCCAUACAAGGUAGCGGAGCACAUGCCUCUACCUCUAGUGCCAGGCGGCUCUCGCGAGAUUAGCGGCGACGCCGUCGACUUUGUGCGAUCGUGUCUCCACCUGGACCCCACAGAACGUCGCACUGUGUUCGAGCUGUUCCGCCAUCCCUGGAUUCGCGGAGAGGAGAAAGCGGGAGUGGCGGAGCUCAGCACCUCCCUCAAGCUCCCGAGACGGUCCUCGUCAGUGGACGAGAACGGUGGUGACGGGGAAUCGUCGUUUCGUCCUUGA